AUGUCUGAGCUCAAGACCCUCAUUCUCCACGGCCACUACGGCACUCCCAACCCCUUAAAAGUGAUGAUCAUCCUCGAAGAGCUGGGGCUUCCCUACAAACACGUGAGCCAUGCCCGCCCUCCCGCAGCGCGUCCCCUUCCCCCGCUAACACCAACCGCCGCCCGCCAGGUCCAAGUCGACAUCACGAAGGUCAAGGAGGAGCCGUACACGCAGCUGAACCCGAAUGGGCGGCUGCCGACGCUCGAGGACCCCAACACGGGCCUGGUGCUGUGGGAGUCGGCGCCCAUCGUCGAGUACCUGGUCGACACGUACGACAAGGCGGGCCGGCUGACGCUGCGCUCCUUCCCCGAGUCGUACCACCUCAAGCAGUUCCUGGCGCUGCAGUCGUCGGGCCAGGGCCCCUACUACGGGCAGUGGGUCUUCUUCGCGCGCUACCUCCCGGGCGAGGCCGUCGCCAUCGCGCGGUACAAGGACCAGCUGCUGCGCGUUUGGUCCGUCCUGGACAAGAUUUUGGAGGGCAAGGAGUACCUUGUUGGAGGGAAAUGUACGUAUGCCGAUCUGUCGUUCGUUGCCUGGGAAGAUGGCAUGCGUGUCAAGUUCCCAGAGUUCGGCCUCGAGAAGCGAGCGUCGGAGUACCCGAACUACAAUGCCUGGUACCAGCGUCUGAUCGCUCGCCCAGCCGUAGCAAAGGCUCUCAGAAUCAACAGGGAGGAAAUGGCUAAGGCUGCGGCCAAGUGA